AUUACAGGCAAUCGUUUUACCUAACAGUUCAGUGUUUUGCCAUUACAACACGAAACAGAUGACAAAUAUUACACUAUUUUAAGGAAAACAAGAAAGUUUUUCCAACUUAUAAUUAAUUAACACGUAUACAGAUAUAUGUUCUUAGUGCAAAUAAAGUGAAACUUGUAAAUGAUAUCGUUUAUAAUCUCGUAUAUGAUAAUCGUUUGAAAUCUUCAUUCUUUUUAGUUAUCUAACCUAAAAUUUUUAAUUGUUUUAGUUUCUCCAUUUUUAAUACAAUAACAAAAUGUCUGGAAAAGAGCGAGGCGUGUUUCGACUAAUUUGGAAACAUUUUUUCGCUUCUAUAAAACCCAAUUUUAAGCGUCCUAAAUUGGUAGGAGAGGAUUAUUAUGGUACUAAAUAUUACGAAUCACAAACUCGUACCGAUUGGUUGAAAAAAAGAACUUCUCGUUCCUUCAAACCAGUAAAUGAUUUUGAUCAAGAAAUGCCUGCAGAAUGGGAAGCUUGGUUAAGACAUCGUAGAGUAGAGCCACCAACGUCAGAAGAAAUAGAGAGAAAUUAUAUGAUAGCAAUGAGUAAAAAAGAAAAAGCAGCAGAAAUAGAAGCAAAGUUUGGAAAUGCUAAAUCAGAAAAACCUCAGACGUUAAUUGAUAGUAACAAAAAAAAAAAGUUCCCAAAAUACGAUGAAUACAAAAGCUAAAUAAAACCAUAAAAUACUGGAAAGCCUGUACUGAAUGCCUGUAUAUAUUACAGUUCUUUAAUGAAAUUGGACAAUAAUUAAAGUCAAUGAACUAUGUAGUAAAUAUGUACAAAUUUUAUUAUAACAUAUGCUUGUAAUAUGAUGUAUAAUUUAUGUAUUUAUUGUUUGUGUGAAGUAUAGUCUAUAUGUAAAACAAUUUAUUAUAUCCUACGUUUCUAUACAUAUA